AUGGCCUGGGCGCACGCGCAGACCCUGUGGGCCGCGGGCGCGACCGCGCUGUACGCCUUCGACGUGUGGCGCAUCGGGCAUCUGCUGCCGCCCACCGGGCAGGAGGCGGUCCUGGCCGGGCUCCUGUACCUGGGGCUCUACGCCUCCCGCUACCAGGACGUGCGGAGCCUGGACCGGCACUACCAGGUGAGCUUCUACGCCUCCUGCGGCUGGACCUUCUACGCCUUCGCGAGCCUGGUGCACGCGAUGGCCUACAGUCCCGACGCCUCGCAGCACGUCCUGUCCCGCCCCGACGCAGACGCCUUCCAUGGGGGAGCGGCCGCCAUCUACUUGGGCAGUUGCGCGUACUUCUACGCCUACCACUGGGGGAGGCAGUGGCGGCAUCUGGUAGAGAACCGCAUCCGCCCGUACUUUGUGGUGGGCCUCGCCAGCUUGACAUUUGCCCACGGUCUGACCGUCGGCCACAUUCUGAAGUGUCUCGACGACCCAAACUGGUUCGGCACAGUCGCGCAAAUCUACCCAGACGAGUGGCAAUGGAUGGCCGACACGCGAUUGGUAGAGCUAUACCUCACAGCGCUUGCACUGUUCCUCGUGAUUUGCCACUUGCGCGGUGUGCUGACAGGCACCAAGAACGCGGCAGUUGUGUUUCUGGGUACAGUGAUUGUCCCCACUGUGAUGCUCUUCGGGGAGACAUUCUUCAUCAAGGCCUGCUCCUGGGAGCACUACUUCAUGUGGGGUCCCAAGCAUUGGUGA